ACUUAUGAAGCUGAAAUCCCUUCUCUUUGUUAUUGUUUUCUAAAUGAAAUGUCAUUUUCUAAAAUUAUCAAUAUCCUUAUUAAGCCAACGACCGAAUUUGUUGCUUUUCCUGUCACCAAUACUAUCAAACAAAAACAAAAAUUACAGAAUUCAAGGAAGAACAAAAAUCAAAACCAGAGACUCUUACAAUUUCAACCUUUGCAUUUCAUCAAACACCUAACCUGCAUCCUCUAUUGCAAUUUCUCUCAUGAUCGUCCCUUCAAACUUCACCUCUGCAACAUUUUGGAUUCCAAGGUUUCCAAGUGUUUAAACCCUUGAAGGAUAGAAAAAAAAUGGGAGACAAUUCGCCUGAGAGAAAAGCAGGUUGUGGAUCGUUAUUAACCAGCGUAUUUCGACACAGUUUAUGGCAGAGAAAAUCAUCCUCUGCGAGUUCUCUUCCCUUACCAGCCAAUGCCGCUACGAAUGAUACAAAACGACGUAAAAGUGGUUCUAAAGAAGUUGUUUACGUCGAUGCACCUUCACGCAAUACUUCCACUGCACGUUCUGUUUCGAAGUCUCCUUGUUCCCCAUAUAAUAAUAAUAAUAACAACAAUAAUAAUAAUAAUGCGCAGAGAAGAAACCAAAACCAAAACGAAACGAUAAUGCCGCGUGUUGCUCCGGUUCCUGUUCCUGCUCCGUCGAAGGCUUCACUUUCACCUACUCAGGGGUAUGUUAAUCAAGGAAGGAGGGUACAGAAGGAAGCUAUUGGAAUUUCUGGCGAGUUAGAAAGUAUGAUCAAUGAUCAUCAAAAAUCGAAGGGAAGUGGUAAUCUGGUUCGGGCUUCUUCGAGCAAUGUGAUGUUGUUUGGGAAUUUAGGUAAUAUUAGGCAAGGAGAUAAAGAUGAUAGUUAUUCAAUUGCAAUGGAUAAUUAUAACCAGUAUUUUGAGAAUUCGAAUUCGAAUUCGAAUGGAGGUGGAGUCAAGAAGAAUGUGGUGAGUGUUAGUAAUGAGACGAAGUCAGCGAUGAAUCCGGGUGGUGGUUCGCUUUGUAGGGCUAUAUCAACUAGAAUGGAUCCAGAACAGUUGAAGAUAAUGGGGAAUGAGGAUUAUAAGAAUGGAAGAUUCGCGGAGGCGUUAGCGUUGUAUGAUGCGGCUAUUUCAAUUGAUCCUAAGAAGGCUUCUUAUAGAAGUAAUAGAAGUGCGGCUUUAACAGGUCUUGGUAGGCUUCUUGAAGCUGUGUUUGAAUGUAGGGAAGCUAUUCAGAUUGAUCCUCAUUAUCAUCGAGCUCAUCAUCGUCUAGGAAAUUUGCAUUUAAGAUUAGGCGAAACGGAUAAGGCUCUUUAUCAUUAUAAACAAUCAGGACCAGAGGCUGAUCCUGAUGAGGUUGCUAAAGUGAAGACUCUUCAAGCUCAUCUGAAUAAAUGCACCGAGGCUCGCAGGUUAGGAGAUUGGAACACACUCAUUACCGAGGCUUCCAACACUAUAUCAUCUGGUGCAGAUUCUGCUCCACAGAUAUUUGCAUUGCAAGCCGAAGCCUUGAUUAAACUCCGUAGGCAUCAAGAUGCUGACAAUGUAAUGUCGAGGGGUCCUAAUUUUGAUGUUGACGAUUGUACAAAGUUCUUCGGACCAAUUGGUAAUGCAAAUUUGUUAGUCACGCGCGCUCAAGUUGAUAUGGCUGCUGGCAGAUUCGAUGAUGCUUUAGAGGCUGCACAGAAAGCAGCAAGGCUAGAUUCAAACAACAAGGCAGCAAUGAAGGUAUUGAGAAAAGCUCGAGCCGUGACAGCUGCAAGAGGCAGAGGAAACGAGCUUUUCAAGGCGUCGAAAUUCUCUGAGGCUUGUGUUGCAUAUGGAGAAGGGCUUGAGAAUGAUCCAUGUAAUUCUGUUUUACUGUGCAAUCGGGCAGCUUGUAGAUCAAAACUCGGCCAAUUAGAGAAAGCGGUGGAAGAUUGCUGUGCGGCACUUAGCUUGCGCCCAUCUUACACCAAAGCAAGGAUGAGAAGAGCUGAUUGUAAUGCUAAGUUGGAAAGAUGGGAAGCUUCAAUAGCAGACUAUGAGAUCUUGUUAAGAGAGACACCAGAAGACGAGGAAGUAAAUCGAGCAUUGUUGGAGGCUCGUGUACAACUCAAGAAACAACGAGGUGGAUGAACGACAUGGCAAUAUAUAGAUAGAAAGGAUCAAAGAUCCGCGAAGAUACCAACGGAAUAAACAUUUGUAAGUAUGACAAUCUUCGUUUCGAGGGGAGAAAAGAGCAUUUUUUGUGCACCGGCGAUUGAAGAUAACACUCAUGAAAAUGUGAUCAAUCCUUUGGAAAAGAAAAAGGAAGGUAUGGUGUUGGGAGCCGAAAAAUGAAAUUCACUUCAGAACAUUUUAGAUGGAAAAAAUCUGUUUUGAGGCUAAAGGAAUUGAAGUCACAUGUUAGUUAAUGUAUAGUAGAAGUAGCAUUGGCAGUUGGUAUGCUGUGUCUCGUUUAUUCUUUUUGUUUUUCUGUUUCUUUUGAAAGAAACUGUAUAAUGUACUUACUUGUUUAUGAAGGAUUUCAACUGUGUAUAUUAGAUUUGUUCAUAUUAUCACUUGACAGGUUAGCAAGUUCUCA